AUGGACACCUUCCGACACCUCCUCCCCGAGCCCGUCAUCGACCUAUCCCCCUUCGUCGAAAUCCACUACAUCGGCUCCGUGCGCGCGGGCGAGUACAUCAAAGUAACGUCCAACGAAUCGAUCGUGGCUACGGACCACUACGGUGACGCAGCGGUCGCCCCCGGCAAGCUCGACAUCAUACUUGUCCCCGGGCCGGACCCGGUAUCGCACUUCGAGGCGGCGGCGCUGGAGUGGCUGCGCGCGCAGGCGGCUGCCCCUGGUGUUGAUAUCUUGAGCAUCUGCACGGGCAUCUUUAUCUGCGGCGAGGCUGGGCUGCUUAAGGGGAAGACGGUGUGUGGGCCGCGCGCGCUGCAGGAUAUGAUUCGCGAGAGGGGCUUUGGCGAGAAGGAGUUGAUUGGGCAUAAGUAUCGCUGGGUGCAGGACGGGAAUUUGUGGUCGGGUGGCGGCGUGACCAACUGCAACGACCUCGUAGCGGCGUACUGCCGCGCGACACCGCGACAUUUCGCUCGGCCUACCGUAGAGAUGGCUAUCGAGACUAUGGAAAUAGCUGACCGUGGGCGAGAGUAUGGUAAUGAGGUACCCCUCGAAGAGAGGAUCAAGGAGAUCGUCGCGCAGGCUAAUGCACUUGUUGCUGCUAAGAACUAA